GGCUCAGGUGGGGCUGUAAAGGCGGGAGGGGCGUGCGGGGCGUCUUCGGCUCAGCUCUACUCACCUCCCACCCUCUCUUCGCGGUCCCCAUAGCAAGUUCCUCCCGGUGCGCUCCCCGGCCCCGACCGGUCCUGCCCACGCUCCCCACCACCAACCCUCAGCAGGGCAGUGCUUUCCAGAGGGGUGGGGCGGCCAGGACAUGGAGAGCCCGGCGGAGAAUCCGAGCAAGGCGACGGAGUACCUGAAGGAGCUGAAUCGGAUCAUCGAGGCGCAGCAGGAGCUGCUGGAGCGCCAGCGGCGGCGGAUCGACGAGCUGGAGCAGCAAGUGACGAGGCUGUACCGGGAGAACGCCUGCCUGCAGGACGAGCACCAGCGGCACCUGGCCUCCUGCCGUCUGCCCGGAGCCCCUUCCGCCCACCCGCCCGCGCCGCCUCUGGGGGCCAUCCCGGAGCACGCCCGGCACCAAAAGCGUACCCCAGGUUACAACCACCCCGCAAAACAACCAUCCGGGGGAUACGACCUGUACUGUUUGGUGACUUACCCCAACUUACGCCCACCUGGCCCCAACGUUACAGCUGAACAGCGCAGGUCUGAAGGUGAAAGCUCAAGAAGUAUCAGGACCUCUUUGGAAACCAGAAGCAGCCUCUCAACUGAUCACUACAGCGUUGAGGGAGAAACCCCAGGAAGCGAGACCGGCACAUCUCUGGAUAGCUCUUCAACUUACCAUCAAGGUCCGAUAACACACAGUUCCUCCAUAAGCCCGGACCACUACGACCACUCCGCAUAUGGGCUGUACGCCAUCUCCCCUGGGCAGCAGCGGUCCCGCCGGCCAAAGCUCCAGCACUCAACGUCCAUCCUCCGAAAGCAAGCGGAAGAAGAAGCUAUUAAGAGGUCUAGGUCUCUUUCCGAGAGCUAUGAACUCUCUUCAGACCUACAGGAUAAGCAGGUGGAAAUGCUAGAACGUAAAUAUGGGGGCCGUCUCAUAACUCGCCAUGCAGCCCGGACCAUACAGACAGCAUUCCGCCAAUAUCAGAUGAACAAGAACUUUGAGCGACUCCGGAGUUCUAUGUCUGAAAAUCGAAUGUCCCGUCGCAUUGUGCUAUCCAAUAUGAGAAUGCAGUUUUCCUUUGAAGGGCCGGAGAAAGUCCAUAGCUCAUACUUUGAGGGGAAGCAGGUGUCUGUGACAAACGACGGGGCCAAGCUUGGAUCCCUGGGGCCGUCUGAGUGUAGCAACUUGGCAGAACCGGCAACAAUGAAGUCCCCAGCCGCUUCCAGUGACUUUGCGGAUGCCAUCACGGAGCUGGAGGAUGCCUUCUCCAGGCAGGUCAAGUCCCUCGCGGAGUCAAUUGAUGAUGCAUUGAACUGCCGCAGCCUGCAUGCCGAUGAGGUCCAGACCCCUGAGCCGGUGAGAAGCCGUGAUGUGGAGAGAGAGAGUUGUGGGAGAGAGAUGAAGCCCACUCUCCAUGGUGUGGAUCCCAGGAAACUGGAUGAUAUGACCGCAUCCUACAGUGAUGUCACAUUGUACAUUGAUGAAGAGGAGCUCUCCCCACCUCUCCCUAUUUCCCAGACAGUGGAUAGACCAUCCAACACAGAAUCUGAUCUGAGGCUCCGGACCAUGAACUCUUCACAGGAAUACUGGUCAAUGACUCACAAGGAUGACAAGAUCGACACAGACACAAGCUGCCGUAGCACCCCAUCCCUGGAGUGUCAGGAGCCGAGGCUAAGAAUAGACCACCUUCCUCUGCUCACAAUCGAGCCCCCAAGUGACAGCUCCGUGGAUCUAAGUGAUCGGUCUGAGAGGGGCUCACUAAAGAGACAAAAUGCCUAUGACCGGAGCAUCAGCAGUCAGCAAGGGAGCCCUAAGCAUAUCCCUCACGUGCUCCCAACCAAGAUCAUCACCCGAGAGGAACAAGAGCCCCGGCAUCGACCUCGGCCCAUCGAUAGUCACUUGGCCAUCAACGGCACAGCCAAUAGACAGAGCAAAUCUGAAUCUGAUUAUUCCGACGGGGACAACGACAGCAUCAAUAGCACUUCCAAUUCCAAUGACACAAUCAAUUGCAGCUCGGAGUCCUCUUCUCGGGACAGCCUGCGGGAGCAAACCUUGAGCAAGCAGACGUACCACAAAGAGACACGCAACAGCUGGGACUCUCCGGCCUUCAGCAACGAUGUCAUCCGAAAGCGCCAUUACAGGAUUGGUUUAAACCUUUUUAAUAAGAAACCUGAAAAGGGAGUCCAAUACCUCAUUGAGCGAGGGUUUGUCCCAGACACACCUGUGGGUGUUGCUCAUUUUCUCCUGCAGAGAAAAGGGCUCAGCAGACAAAUGAUUGGAGAGUUCCUGGGGAACCGGCAGAAGCAGUUCAACCGGGACGUACUAGAUUGUGUGGUGGAUGAGAUGGACUUCUCAGCAAUGGAACUGGAUGAAGCUCUCAGGAAGUUUCAGGCUCACAUCAGAGUCCAAGGAGAAGCUCAGAAAGUUGAACGACUUAUUGAAGCAUUUAGCCAGAGAUAUUGCAUCUGUAAUCCAGGGGUGGUAAGACAGUUCCGAAAUCCAGACACCAUCUUCAUCCUGGCCUUUGCCAUCAUCCUGUUGAACACAGACAUGUACAGUCCCAAUGUGAAACCAGAGCGUAAGAUGAAGCUGGAAGAUUUCGUCAAGAAUCUGAGAGGUGUGGAUGAUGGAGAGGACAUCCCCCGGGAGAUGCUCAUUGGGAUUUAUGAACGAAUCCGCAAGAGGGAGCUGAAGACAAAUGAGGAUCAUGUUUCCCAGGUCCAGAAGGUGGAGAAGCUUAUUGUUGGGAAGAAACCAAUUGGAUCCCUACAUCAUGGACUUGGUUGUGUACUCUCUUUACCCCAUCGGAGACUUGUUUGCUAUUGCCGACUCUUUGAAGUUCCAGAUCCAAAUAAACCCCAGAAACUUGGAUUGCACCAACGAGAAAUCUUCUUAUUUAAUGACCUCCUAGUGGUUACCAAGAUAUUUCAAAAGAAGAAGAAUUCAGUAACUUACAGUUUCCGGCAGUCCUUUUCCCUUUAUGGAAUGCAGGUUCUGCUUUUUGAAAAUCAAUAUUACCCUAAUGGCAUCCGACUCACUUCUGCUGUUCCAGGAGCAGAUAUCAAAGUGUUAAUAAAUUUCAAUGCCCCCAACCCCCAGGACAGAAAGAAAUUCACUGAUGAUUUGAGGGAAUCUAUUGCUGAAGUUCAGGAGAUGGAAAAGCACAGAAUAGAGUCGGAACUUGAGAAACAGAAGGGGGUGGUCCGGCCCAGCAUGUCCCAGUGCUCCAGUCUUAAGAAGGAGUCUGGCAACGGGACACUGAACCGGGCCUGCCUGGAUGACAGCUACGCCACUGGGGAAGGGCUGAAGAGAAGUGCUCUCAGCAGCUCCCUCCGAGACCUUUCUGAAGCGGGGAAGCGUGGGCGUCGCAGCAGUGCAGGAUCGCUAGACAGCAAUAUGGAAGGGUCCAUCAUUAGCAGUCCUCACAUGCGCCGAAGAGCUACAUCAACCCGAGAGUGUCCAUCUCGCCCUCACCAGACUAUGCCUAAUUCUUCUUCCCUCUUAGGCUCCUUAUUUGGUAGUAAAAGGGGAAAGCCACCUCCCCAGGGCCACGUGCUCUCCGGCCCACCGCAGCCCCUUCCUCACCCUCCGGUGAUUGCCCAUCAGCAGCAUUCCCAACACCCCUCCUCCGGGCACCACGCCAGCUCGGCCGAGGGGCAGACCCAGGCCCAGGUGCAUGCCCACCAUGCCCAGUACUGUCACAUGCAGCAGAACCCACCCCCAUACCACCAUCACCACCAUUAUCACCCACCACAGCACACCCAGCACUCACAUCAGUACCACCACAUCCCCCAUGGGGGCCACCCCUCACACCCCCCCUACAUGCCACAUUCCCACACCUCACAUGCCCAUCCGCCACUGCCCGCCUCCCACUCUGGGCACCCUGCCCAUUCUGGGCAUGGGGCGCAUCACCAUGGGCAGCAAGCUGCUGCUUCUACCACUACCAAGCCCAAACACAGUGGCAUCAGCACCAUUGUCUAGAGGGGGCCAUCUUGGCGGCUGUAGUUUCAAACACACAUUGCCCAGAGGCAUACUGGUAGGCAACCAGUGGCAGAUAAGUCCCAGGGUGGAUCUCUAUAAAUUUUUUUUUUCUUUAUUUCUGAGCCCAUGAAAUCAGGCAGUGUAAUUGACUUCCACAAGUUCACAGGGUUGGUGAUUGAUGAAGCAAAGCUCUUCCCAAAUAGCACCGUCACCCUGGGACUUCCUCACCUCCACUUGCAGGAAGGCUGGGUUUUGGCUAGUCAGUUUUAUCAUUGGCCUUGCCACCUGCCCUCAACUCCCUAUCCCAUCACAUCCCUUGCUGAUUUUACAUUCAUUGAACAAUCCAACCUAGAAAAGGAGACAUGCGAUCCAAAAGGAAAAAAAAAGAUAUUGUUCCAUUCUUGCUCUUUUAUUGACAAUGGGCAAAAAUAUAAGUAGACCUGAUAUGGUUGAUGAAAGUACGUAAGUAAACUUUAUAUAAUAUAAAUAUAUAUAAAUAUAUAUAAAUAUACUGUAUAGGUAAUGUGUGUGUGUGUGUGUGUGUGUGUGUGGAAAACAAACUUUUCAGUCCACAAAAUUAGCAAUAUAGACUUUACAAGGAAUUCCACUUACUUGAUAGGAAGACAGUACAAGUAGAUGAAUAGUGUGUGAAAGAGUAGGCCAAAAACUUAAAAUGCUAGAAACAAAUUUCAGACGUUUCAGUAUUUUCAUAAAAAGAAAAGUCCUUUGGGACUUGCUAAAAAAAAAACUCUAAGCAAUCAUUAAUGAAUGUGCCAAGUAACAUAGCAUCUAACUGUUUGAGUCCAAUAUUGCUUUGUAUAAAUCCUUAUUUUAUUAACAAAAUAAUAUCCUAAGUAAUCAAUAUUAUAACUGCUCUGUUAUUUCAGGUAAGCAAACUAGUUAAGAUGCAGUAACUCUACAGUAGCAACAUGGGAUGACCAUUGGGUUGUCCUAAAGCAUCGGUUACACAAAUUCUUAGACACUUUAAAGGCUGUGAUAACUGUGAAUUUACAUGAUCCACAAUUAUUUUAUACAGUUAUGAAUUAAUGGCCACAUAGAGCUACAUGAGAGGUGCAUACCCAACAUUGCAAAAUCAUUCAUCUCCAACAUGAAAGCUACCAAGAUUCAUCCUUGUUUCCUUAACACCAUAACGUGCUCAUUUUGUUUCCAAGUCAUAGGAUCCACAGGUCCUUGACCCUCUCUAAACUUGGAUGGUUUAAUUUAGCAUUUUAGUAGUGUAGGGUGUCGUAGGUCUUGCUUGAUAAUUCCAUGUAGCCAUGCGCUGGCAACACAGCUGUGUCUUCGUUUUUAACCCACCUGAUCUCAUAAUUUACAAGUACAUCCGCAACACUCAACUGGCUCAGUCUCUCCUACCUUCCAUAAGUCCAAUUUAGCAGCAAGGCAUCAUGUAAAAUCAAGCGAUGCGGCUGUUGCUUCUGUCUUGCAGUGAUGCCAUCUGCUAAAAGCCAUCCAAGAUUCUGUACCUCCAGGUUCUGUCCUGAGUCAUACAUGAGGCCUACUUUGUAGUUUCAGCAUUUUUGAGCCACUUCAACUGGAAGUCCUUUACACCUUAACAAUAAAUAACCAAGAAAGUUUCCAAACUGCACCUACCAAGGUGCAAACUCCCCUUUAAAAAGAUGACCAAAAGUUUCUGCGUGAAGGGGUCGGGGGGACGACACCAAGAUCCAGAAACCUCUGCUCUUCUUAGGACAGUUCAACUUGGUGGGAGAGGGGGUGCAGGACAAUGCUGAGGCAGCAGAAAUGGGAAGGGUGAAAACUCCCUAGAUUGAGACGCUCCUGGUUUCUGUCAUUUUUGUCUUUUUUUUUUUUUUCCAUUCUGUUCUCCCCCUUUUUGCCAUGCCAUUAAUAUCACAAUACCAGCAAAACUGCAAAUGAAGCACUUUGUUAAUCUCCAUAGAGAGCAAAUACAGCAAGAUAAGAGUUUAGCCUUUAGAAAAGAAAAGUGAAUUACUUCCACCUGUCUGUCUUUGUUUGUCCCCAGCAUGCAAUUUUUCUUUCUUUGGCUUCUUCUCCAAAUUGCUCUUUCACAAGAGAAAAAGAACACGCGGAAUGUUUAUUUGGUUUGGGCUGAGGGGUUUUGGCAUCAUGGACUAUCCUAAAUUCUGCAGCCUACCUUAACGGUGGGCUUCCACGGGCUCCCUGAGGCACUCUGUUCCUUGCAGUUUAAAGAAUAGUGUUCCUAUAAGGGAAAGCAGAACUGUCUUGCAUGUCAUCUAAUGCUAAUAGUGUGAGGCUACACUCUACAUAUUGUAUAUUUGAAAAAUAUAUCAGUGUUACUGUUGAUAUUAGUUGAGGCAAAGUGGUAACAUUUAAAUAUGUAAGCUUUUCUUCAUCCAGUGGUAGAGUUUAACUGUAACUUGUAGGUUGUUCCAGAAAAGAUGUGUAACUGGUACCAAAUUCUUAUUUCUGAACCCACGUCAUGUGGAAAACUAAACAAAACAAAAAGCCUGCCAAUCCAGUGAGCAAGCCGUGCCUUGCUUCAGCACGUAUUUUUGGCGCUGAGUAAUAUUCUAUGGUUUCUUCUGCACUCCAGAACCAUGAGUUGUGGCUUCGGAUGCCCUGCUCAAAGUGAGACUCUAGAGAAUACAUGCCAGGAAGAUGUCCAAUAAGGGAAAGUUCAUGUUGAGGAUAAUUUCUAAAAUGGGUUAAUGCCACAGAGCACCCUGACCCAAAAGAUUGAACACUGAGAUAUUUGUAUCUUUUCCCCCCUGGCCCUUUUCCACUCUCGUAUGUUGUUCUGGGUUCAAAUCAAGAACCUAGAUGAAGGUUCCUCGGUUAUCUGAGGUUUUGGCAAGUUCACUGCUAGCCUGCUUCUCCUUGAAGAAAGCAAAGUUAAGUGGCUAGUGUUUUUCAUUUGACCAUGACUUUGAAUAUCCCAAAAUGUCCGUGAAAAGUUCACUGCUUUUUUACGAUUGCAAGUCUUCACAUGUCAGAACAAACCAUGGAUUAAAAGCUGUAUUGAAGCAUCCAUCCAUCAUGCCUUGAGUGGGAAGAUGGAAGGAUUCUGAUGAGAUAUGCUGCUGGGGAAAAUUAAAUUUUCUCACCUGGAGGCAGAGUUAGUGAUUGGAAGGAUUUUCUCAUGCUUUGCUAUUGAUGAAGCAUCAGUACAAAAUACACGAGGAACAUUCUUCUCAAUUUCCAUGAGUUAAUCUGACGACAUAAUUGACAUGAAAAGAGGAAGCACAGGCAACAACAAAAUAAUCUUUUCUGGGACAACAAUCCAAUAUGUAUUUGUAUUUUUUUAGUUUAAGAAUGAAAUGUACAACAAUGUAAAAAUAAAGCUCAUCCUAAUAUAAUGUACAUGUCUUGUAUUGCUAAAAAUGUCUUCAGACAUCAAAUGUAGAAUGACUUUCCCAUCAUGUACUGCAUGCAGCAGAAGCCUCUUGUUUCUUGUUAAAAUGAGCUGGAGUCAGGCAGCAGAUAUUUAAGCAAUGACUCUCUAGAUGUUGACUUGCUGUUCCAUAUGAACUGUGUGUUUUCUGCAGUUAAGCAUGCAUUUUGCUGUUUUCGUUGUAAAAUAUCAUCGCAGUUCCUGCCUGCAAAAUUAGUAAUUGUGUACAUAUUUAAAAGAGGAACCAAUUGCAAGAUUUAUUUGAGCGAAAAUGGGAAGAAAAUGGGACCAAGUAGGGGAAAUAGAGAACUCUCUAAAUUUGUAUAUAGUGUGUAAAUUAGGAUUACUCUUCAGUCUGCAGUCAUUUUGAAGUUACAUGCAGUACCUAUCUCCUGCGAGGAACGAGAAUUCAGCUUUGAGUUGUAUUCAGCUAUUAGAAAUAGGUCUUGAAUGCAGACUGUUAAAGACUUCAAGAAACAUCAUGCUCACAAGAAGCUUCUGUUCUGGUGAGGCUCAACACCCAUUUUGUAACUGUGGGGAAGAAAAGAGUGCUUUCAUUUUAAUAUGCAUUCUGUUUGUAAGUAGUAACAGAUCCUAUCGAUGUAAAACUAUAACUGUGAUCAUGUGGAGAAGUCAAAUAAAUCAUUUAAAACUCUG